GUCGUGUUAACUCCACACUCCUGUCCUGCCCGAGCUGCAGCAGGCAGCACCUCGCCUCUCCAGAGGUCCAGCCGCGCUACCGCCACCGCGGCGACCUCUGAUCUACUCGGAUGGCCGAGGCCACGCCGCCCGCCGGGCAGCCGCCGUCGUGGUCGGAGAUCCCGUGGGACCUGGCCGGCAUGGUGCUCCGCCUCCUACCCGCCUACGAGGACCGCGCCCGCUUCGCCGCCGUGUGCCCGCAGUGGCGCGCCGCCGCGCGGCGUUUCCACCUGCCCCCGCCGCUGCCUCUGCUCGCGCUCCCGGACGGCACCUUCUACAGCCUCCCCUACGGCAAGCCCUUCCGCUUCCCUGGCUUCGGAUGUGUCGGCUACAAGGGCGCCGCCUUUGGCAGCUGGCUCGUCUUCCCGCGGGACAACGGCUGCUUCUUGGUCGACCCUUUCGCCGGGGCCACCGUGAAGCUCCCUGCUCUGUCUUCCGUCCGGCUCCGUCCACCAAAUGCAGCUGAUAAGUAUGUGAAGUAUCAGGACCAUGUUACACCAAAUGGGAAACACUACCUUACAUGGCUGGAUAUCAGGGACUCCAAUAAUGUGCCCACAUUAAACAAACUGAUUGUGUGCUCACCAAACCUCGUCGCUGCAUUCGUUGGCACUGGACAUAUAAGUCAGAUUCUAAUGUGCCAGCCAGGGGCUUCCUCAUGGUCUGUACGUGCGUAUGAUCCAUGUUACGGGUUUGAAGACAUGGCUUUCUAUCAGGGAAAGCUCUACGCCCUUGCUAUUGAUGAGAACCUCCUUGUCGUCAACAUCAGCCAAGAUCCGAACACCGGUGACCCACAGGUCUCGCGAAUUGGACAGGUCAUCAAGGGUGAUCCUGACCCUCUGUUUGAAGCUUGGUUACCGGACGACACUACAGCCAGAAAGAAGCUCUACCUAGUCGAAUCACGUGGUGCACUGCUGAUGGUACGCAGGAAGGUUUGCUGCAGAGUGGUAGGGGACACGAUUGUCGCUGGAGGGAUCAGCGAGUUUGAGGUGUUGGAGGCUGACUUUGAGCACUCACGGUGGGUGAAUGUGACAACUCUUGGGGAUGACCAGAUGCUUUUCCUCGGACGACCAUGCUCCAAGGCUGUGUCCGCGUCUCAGUAUGGGAUAUUCAGCGACCAAAUCUUCUUCUUAGAUGAUGUAAUGGAGAAUGCAGUCAUCUACGCCUUUGAUGAGGAGAACACUUCUGUCAAUGUCUAUGACAUGAGGGACGGCGAGGUCUCUUCUCCUUUGCUGAUGGCCUGGAAGCACGAGAUUCUUGCGACAUGGCUGUUCCCUCAGGACUAAAGUUAAGAUGUUACCAUGCAGCCCUGGCAGUGAUUACUAGUUGUCUCUGCCCAUUCUGCGCUGCUUAAUUGCUUCUGUGCUAUCUGUUAACUUCAUCAGUUUGUUUGUGGCCUUAGUGUGUUGGCUACUUCUCUUUCGGGAAAAUAUGGUGGUUACUAGUCGUGUGCUUAUGCAAACUAUGAAGUACACAUCAAACACUAAAUUAUCUGACCGUAGUCCGGUCCAUGAUUGGUACCUGUAAGAACAUUCCUGGAUCGCACAGUGCUGGUGUUGUGAGCUUAGUUGUGACGAACCUUUGUGCUGCCAGUUGGACUUAUUUGACUUAUGGUUGUAUGCAUCACUGCUU